AUUGUUUAAUUGUUGCCUUGUUUAUUCCUCCAAAGUUGAAUGGGGUUAGUAGCCUCUUAGUUAUUAGCACGUUAGUUUGGUUGUAAAAUGUGCAAUUUUCAACCUUGUAUGAUUGUAAAACACGUUUGCUUUAGAUAGGUGUUGAUUCAACUUUAUGCAGUUUGUGUUGCUCGUCAAAUUGAAGCUUCUCUCUAAAACAGUUUCAUGAAAAAAUCAAUACCAUAAACUGCUAAAGUGUAUGAGAGUAAACUUGCACAAAACCACAAUGUUAGGCUGUAAAUCUCACCUACUUUAUUUCCAGCGUUUCCACCAAUUCACGUUUUUUGUUCCGACCACUGAUGGCAAAUAACAUUACAAACCUAUUUUACUUUCUUAAGAAAAUGUAUGUACUGCAACUGACAUAAUGAUUGGGAUGCAGUGAACACGCGUUCGAGGCGCUUCCAAUACAGCUAACCAAAUGCUGCUGCCGUACAAAUGUUCUCAUCUGCUCUCUGUUUCCAGACUAGCAGCAUCAGUUGAAGGCACGGGGCUUUAUAAUACGAGCUGACGUUAACAAGACACAUCCUAUGUCAAACGCAGGACAACAGUAGUUCAGUUGUCACGAUAUGCACAAUCACGGCUCGCACUGCAAUAGAUAUUACAGAAGUACCAGUACAUCAGACAGAUUUGAUCCUUCUGCAAUAUUCAGUGGUUAAUGUUUUCAAUGAGUCAUUGAGGCAAGUCAGUGCUCAGAUCAGGAACAGUGUACUGGUCUGAUGAUCUAACUUGUAUUAUUAUUAUUGUCCUAUUUAGGCUGAUUGUUAGGCUGAAUGUUUAAGAUCAUUUCAAUUUUACUGUUUUACUUGAACACCGGGUAGUACAUAUCAAACCACCAACAAGAAAACAGGUUAUGAGUCCUGAAACUAUACACACACGGAUGAAUAUGUAGUCAGUAUUUACAGACUAAUGGCUUUAUUGUGAAGUUAUGGUGAGUUUAGUCAGUUAUCCUGUUCUAGUGCCUCAGUUUAAGUCUCCCUUAUUCCAUUUCACUCAUUGGUAAUUGAUCAUUUAAAGUCAGCUCACCCCAGAUUUCCUCACAGACAUAAAAAACAACUUGCAAAUACAAUCAGAGCUACAUAAUUGGGGCAGAUGUUUUUUCCUGUGUCUGUAAACAGGAAGGACGCACAGAGGAGGUUUUCUGCACGGGGCUUUUGGUUGACUUCAAAACAGAGUAACGCUUUGCGAAAGCUAGCCCUUUAAAUCAGAGCAUUCAUUCCAAGGUGGAGAAAAAGGGAGCGCUUGCUUUUCAGAUUCUGACACACCUAUCUGCUUUGGGAGGAGUAAAAGAGGCUGUUUAAAUCCAUUUAACUUAAUACGGACUCUUAAGAUUAGUAAUAAGAGGAAGCGAUAACUGCAACGCUGCGAGAUGCACUGCUAUGGGGACUUGGUCAGCUAUCUCAGCUGUGGGAUGAUCCUGAUUGGACUCGGACAAUUGGUCCAUCACAAGAAGAUGCAGACCUCCUACGGGCGCCACAUGGGACUCCCUCCUCCGGCUAGGACGGUCCCAGCCAGGCUGGCUUGGUUCCUCCAGGAGAUGCCAGCUCUCCUGAUCCCCCUGCUUUUAACGCUCACCAGGCACAAACCCUCCAGUACGGGGAAGUACCUGCUGCUGGGGACCUUUUGCCUGCACUACUUUCAAAGGACAUUUGUCUAUUCACUACUGACCAGAGGAAAACCUUUCCCACUGAGUGUGAUGCUGCCAGCAGGCUUCUUCUGCUCUCUGAACGGUUUACUGCAGGGACACUAUCUGCUGCACUGUGCCCAGCUUGAUAAUGAAUGGUCAGCUGACUAUCGCUAUAAAUCUGGUUUACUGCUGUUUUACAUUGGAAUGGCCGUCAACGUACACAGUGACUAUAUUCUACGCAACCUGAGGAAACCAGGGGACGUAGUUUACAAGAUACCUACAGGAGGUCUGUUUGAAUAUGUGUCUGGUGCCAACUACUUAGGAGAGAUAGUGGAGUGGUUUGGCUAUGCUGUAGCCACCUGGUCCCUUCCAGCACUCUCAUUCGCUGUGUUUAGCCUGUGUUUUAUUGGACCCAGAGCCUACCACCAUCACAGGUUUUACCAAGAGAAAUUCAAAGACUAUCCCAAGUUACGAAGGGCUUUGAUCCCAUUCGUCUUCUGAGAGACAAAGAACCUGCCUGUCAUCUUGUAAGUGCAUACAAUACAUCGAACCAGCAUCAAGCACAGUGUGAGAGUCUGUUUCCUGUUCCAAUUGUAUUUGUAAACAGAAAUUAUGCCCAUUUUACUGCAACAAAUAUCUGUUUUGGUUUCACUUGCAGUCAUUAUCCAAAAAACCAUAAUCUACAGAUUAAUUGUUCAAGUCUUUCUAUUAAAACUGCUACGGAAGAAGCUUCCAAAAAGACUUUGAUGCAAUCACUUGGUGUCCGUAUGAAUAUAUUCUGUGAAAAGAUAUACAAGUUUAUUUUUAUGCAGAUACAAAAUGUACAAACUGCAAAAAAACUUCAAAUCUCAUCACUCUAAAUGUAACUUGGCCCCGAUUUCAAUUUGUCUGAAUGUUAACAUAUUAAAACAUUGUGAUCGAGGAGACAUUUGUGAAACAUAAUUGUUGGAGGUUGGUCUUUGUAUUUUCAUAGUUGUGAUUAUUUUACUAAAUCAGCAGGUUUAGAAUGGUAAUACUUUGAUGUAACACAAUGUAAUGUAAAAAAGGGUGGAUAUUUCUUUGGGUACUAUUUUUUUAAUUUAACCUUUAUUUAACCAGGUGAGUC